UUUGCCCAGCACUGGAGUGACUCCUGCCCUAGGCAGCCUGCCGCAGCAGGAGGGACGACACUGCAGACUCUGCACUGCAUCUGCCAAGCUCUGAGGAGCCCCAUAGCAUCUUCGUUGAGAUGAGAGUCAACUUUCUCUCCCUGCUGCAGAAGGUCAGAGCUGUUUGCUGAGGCCCCGCUGGUGCCCGGGAGUGAUGGGAAGUUUGCCCAGCAGGAGCAAGCAGCUUGUCAUUCAGCCCAGCCCAGCUGCUGCCAUGCAGGCCACUGCCCCCGUGCAGACAGGUCUGAACAGCUACGUGGCAGUUGCCUUGUGCUCUUUCCCCGCGGGUGGGGAGGCAGAGACGGUCCUGCGACCAGGCGAGCAGCUGAACGUCCUAUCUGAGGAUGGGGAAUGGUGGAACGUGGUGUCGCUAGCCACCGGCAAGGAGUGUUCAGUCCCCAGCAGCCACGUGGCGAAGGUGUGGCACAGGUGGCUGUACGAGGGCGUUAGCCGGGAGAAAGCCGAGGAGCUGCUGCUUCUGCCGUGCAACCGCAGCGGUUCCUUCCUGAUCCGAGAGAGCCAGACCAGGCAAGGCUGCUACUCCUUGUCGGUCAGGCGCACCAACCACUCCUCCUGGGACUCCAUCAAACACUAUCGCAUCAACCGCCUGGAGAACGGCUGGCUCUACAUCGCCCCACGCCUCACCUUCCCCAGCCUGCAGGAGCUGGUGGACUAUUACUCCGAAAUCGGGGAUGGGUUGUGCUGCCUCCUCAAGGAGCCGUGCUUCAUCCAAGGAGCAGUUCGAGUCCCAGCCCAGAACCUGGCCCCACCUGUGGUCGUCAAGAAAUCGGCUCUCAACUGGCAGGAGCUCGACAGCUCGGCCCUGUUUUCGGAGGCUCCACCCCCAGAAGGGGAGUCCCCUGUCAGCCUGGGCCUGCGGGAAGCCAUCAGCUCCUACCUCUUUCUGACGGAAGAGCUGCCCCUGGAGAAGGGCGAGAAGGGCAGUCUGUGGAAGAGUGCCUGAGGGUGCCGUACCCAGCACAUGGCGCCAGGGACCGCGGGGCUGCAGUCUCAGCCAACCAAGCUGCUUCCCCAGCCCCUGGACUUUUACCGCACACCCCCCACCCCCACCAUAUAAAUUAUUGGCCUGAUGCAAAGUAAUUUAUUGCAGCUGCGCUGCUCUGAGCUGUCCCCCCCGGCUGGCCUUGUCUCAUGCUUGAACCCAGCUGGGUGGCUGGUUGGGUGGGGAGGUCCUGGUGCUUUGGGCCUGACUCGAGCCCAGCUGGACCUGGAUCCACCGCUCGCCGCAAGGAACCCAGCACCUGCUGCUCGGAGUCCCUCUCUCACCUCCAGUGCUGGCAGCGUUGGCUGAGUAAGCUGCUGCCUGGAAAUCCCAGCACACAAACAGCCUCUGAGGACACCUUAUUGGCCCAGUGGCCAGAUGGAAAGGACUUGCUAGAAAGAGGAGUUUUGGGUGAAUUAUAAUGCACAGAGGCCCUGCUAUGUGCUGUGUGUAAGAGAGUUCGAUGCCAGUGCACGUGACGGUCUGACUGACUGGCCUUGCCUAACACUGAAUAUAACAGACAGAGACGGGGCAGAAUCAGCCUGCACCCCUCAGUCCAGACUUGCAUGGUCCAUACACAGCUCUGCCAGACUCACGGCCCCUCCGAGCACCAGCAACGGCUAGAGAGCUGGGGCCAUCGCCAACUGCAGGCUCCCGUGUGUCUGAUGUCAGCCUGUCAUCGUGGGCCUGCAGCAGCGAAAGCCGAGUGCCUCUCUGCACAUGCUGCAAAGACAAGCUCCCCUCAAGACAGGCCAUGCAGCCCUGUAAGACACUGGCCCGGCCCAAACGGUUCAUAAAGGGGCCAUGAGCCUGAGGCCAGGAAAUGGCCCCCAAUUACUGGGCUGUAGCUGUCAACUGAA